GAGCUUUCAUUAAUUAUUAUUAUGUUUUAGGUAACCAUAGGAAGAAGCCAUUAACAACGGCAUGAAAAACAGCUAGUUUCUCUGCAAACAAGAUAAACUUUUAAACUUUUUACCACUCCACCCCCCCCCCCCCAACCAGUUAAGUUUCUUAACUCCACCUACCAAGCAUUCAAGAAGCACCAACCAACUUAAUUACCAGCUUAACAAGACAGUACAGGUUUCUGGGAUAUUUGUAGUCUCUCAAGGACAUCACCACCUCCACUCACCUUCCCAUUUUUCUCUAGCACCCCCUAAAAAGCUUGUGCUUGGAUAUGGCUGAAAACCCAGUAAAAUGGCUGUUUCUCAUUCUAGCAAGCUGCCUGUGUUUCGCUUUCGUCCUCUCGGAAAGCAACUUAUUGAUAAAGAAGACCUACAUCGUCCAAAUGCACAAGUCUGCAAUGCCAGCAUCAUUCUCAAGUCCUCUGGAAUGGUACUCAUCGAAAUUAAAGUCGGUAAUGUCCGAUACCCAGAGUGAAGGUGAAGGAGAUGGUGAAAAUAGGAUCAUCUAUAGCUACCAAAAUGCUUUUCAUGGUGUUGCCGCUCAGUUAACUGAAGAAGAAGCUGAGAGGCUAAAACAAGAAGAUGGUGUAGUUGCUAUACUUCCAGAGACCAAGUAUGAAUUACACACCACAAGGAGUCCUAUGUUCCUUGGAUUAGAACCAGAAGAAAGUACUAGCAUCUGGUCUCAAAAACUUGCAGAUCAUGAUGUCAUAGUUGGGGUACUUGACACUGGAAUUUGGCCGGAAAGUGCUAGCUUUAAUGAUACAGGGAUGACACCGGUUCCUGCUCACUGGAAAGGAACAUGUGAAACUGGACGAGGCUUUCAAAAGCAUCACUGCAACAGGAAAAUUGUGGGUGCAAGAGUGUUCUACCGGGGAUAUGAAGCUGCCACUGGGAAAAUCAAUGAGAAAAACGAAUAUAAAUCACCUCGAGAUCAAGAUGGACAUGGUACUCACACAGCAGCCACUGUUGCUGGCUCUCCGGUACGAGGUGCAAAUCUUCUUGGUUAUGCCUAUGGAACAGCUAGAGGAAUGGCUCCUGGUGCAAGAAUUGCAGCUUACAAGGUUUGCUGGACUGGUGGGUGCUUCAGCUCGGAUAUUCUGUCGGCGGUUGAUAGAGCGGUGGGUGAUGGAGUGAAUGUGUUGUCGAUAUCUUUGGGUGGUGGAGCUUCAUCUUACUCUCACGACAGUUUGGCGAUAGCAACUUUUGGAGCAAUGGAGAUGGGUGUUUUUGUCUCUUGCUCAGCUGGCAAUGGAGGACCAGAUCCUGUCAGCCUCACUAAUGUAUCACCAUGGAUCACUACAGUCGGUGCUAGCACCAUGGAUAGAGAUUUUCCAGGUAGUGUUAAGCUAGGGAGUGGGAGAACCAUAUCUGGAGUUUCACUCUACAAAGGGCGGAGGUUACUGCAGGCAAACAAGCAAUACCCUCUUGUUUAUAUGGGUAGUAACUCAAGCAGCCCUAAUCCAAGUUCAUUAUGCUUAGAGGGAACUUUGGAUCCACAUGUUGUUUCUGGGAAAAUCGUGAUAUGUGAUCGAGGAAUAAAUCCUAGAGUGCAAAAGGGUCAAGUAGUGAAAGAUGCUGGAGGAGUAGGGAUGAUUUUGACAAACACUGCAGCAAAUGGGGAGGAGCUUGUUGCAGAUUGUCACCUACUUCCAGCAGUUGCAGUGGGAGAGAUGGAAGGGAAAGCAAUCAAACAUUAUGCUUUAACAAAUGGGAAACCAACCGCAACUCUAGCCUUUUUAGGUACCAGAUUGGGUGUUAGGCCAUCACCAGUGGUGGCAGCAUUUUCAUCUAGAGGACCAAAUUUCCUCACACUUGAGAUUCUCAAACCUGAUGUGGUUGCACCAGGGGUGAACAUCCUUGCAGCCUGGACUGGAGAAUUGGGUCCAUCAAGUCUUCCAACAGAUCAUAGGAGAGUGAGAUUCAACAUAUUAUCAGGGACUUCAAUGUCAUGCCCUCAUGUUAGUGGAAUUGCUGCCUUGAUCAAGGCCAGACACCCAGAUUGGAGUCCUGCAGCAGUUAAAUCUGCUCUAAUGACAACCGCUUAUGUUCAUGAUAACAUCCAUAAUCCACUCCAAGACUCUUCCACUGCAGCAGCUUCCACUCCCUAUGAUCAUGGAGCUGGUCAUAUCAACCCUUUGAAAGCUCUAGACCCAGGUUUGAUCUAUGACAUUUCAGCCCAGGAUUACUUUGAAUUCCUCUGCACACAGAAAUUGACUGCAAUGCAGCUAAAAGCUUUUAGCAAGCAUUCCAACAUGUCUUGCCAUCACAAUACCCUUGCCACUCCAGGAGAUUUGAACUACCCAGCAAUCUCAGUUGUCUUCCCAGAAGAUACAGCCAUUUCAACUUUGACUCUCCAUAGAACAGUCACAAAUGUUGGUCCUCCUGCUUCACAUUACCAUGUUGUAGUUUCACCAUUUAAAGGCGUCACCAUUAAAGUUGAGCCCAAAACUCUAAAUUUCACUAGAAGAAACCAGAAACUGUCUUACAAGAUCAGUUUCACAAGAAAAUCCCCACAAACAAUGCCUGAGUUUGGAGGGCUGGCGUGGAAGGACGGAGUGCACAAAGUAAGAAGCCCCAUUGCUAUCACAUGGUUACCACCAUUUUAAACUAGAUUUUCAGUCACCUAUGAUUCCAAAUAAACACUAUGUUUUUAUAUAAGGUCAAGGGGAUCUUUAAUUUUAUCUGCAUUUCUUUCUGGUUUUUACAACAAUUUUGUAGCCUUCACAUGAUAUAGAGCAAUUAAAAACCAAUUGCCGUAUGUUAUUAACCAUUUCAA